CCCUUAUAAUAAAUGUAAACUACACUAAAUAGCCUUGAACCCUUUCUAAGAAGCCAAAAAUAAAAAAUACUGGUAUAUCACUUUAUAGUUUAAAGUGAUAAAAAAAAUAUAAUGGGCAUAAAAUUUGAAGGUGUAGUUUUUAGUCUAAUAUUUUUAGGAUCUGCAUUAUUUGUAAAUGCUCAAGAUACAAGUUUAGUUCCUGCAAUUAUCACAUUUGGUGAUUCAACAGUUGAUGUAGGAAACAAUGAUUAUGUUGCUACCAUUUUCAAGGCUGAUUAUCCUCCUUAUGGUAGGGAUUUUGCUAAUCAUAAACCUACUGGAAGGUUUUGUAAUGGAAAAUUAGCCACUGAUAUUACUGCUGAAACUCUGGGCUUCACAACAUAUGCACCAGCAUACUUAAGCCCACAAGCAUCAGGAAAGAACCUUCUUAUUGGAGCUAAUUUUGCAUCUGCUGGAUCAGGCUAUGAUGAGAAAACUGCUGCUCUUAGUCACGCAAUUCCAUUGUCGCAACAAUUAGAGUACUACAAGGAGUACCAAGGGAAGUUAGCAAAGGUGGCAGGUGACAGUAAAGCUAAGUCAAUCUUAAAGGAUGCUCUUUACAUAGCUGGAUUUGGAAGCAGUGACUUUGUUCAGAAUUACUAUGUCAAUCCCUUCAUCAACAAAUUAUAUACCCCUGACCAGUACUCUUCUUACCUUGUUGGAAUUUUCUCCAACUUUGUUCAGGAGCUUUAUGGAUUAGGAGCAAGAAAGAUUGGAGCAACUUCACUUCCCCCAUUAGGUUGCAUACCAGCUACCAUCACACUCUUUGGAUUUCACCAGAAUGGUUGUGUUUCACGGCUUAACUCCGACGCCCAGAGAUUCAAUAAUAAGCUCAAUGCAGCUGCUUCUAAGCUGAAGAAACAGCUCCCUGGCCUUAAACUUGUUAUUUUCGACAUUUACAAGCCCCUCUUCGAUUUAGUACAAUCUCCCUCAAAAUCUGGAUUUGCUGAGGCCAGGAAGGGAUGCUGUGGUACAGGAACUAUAGAGACGACAUCACUUCUAUGUAAUCCUAAGUCUAUCGGAACAUGCAGUAACGCCACCCAAUACGUGUUCUGGGACAGUGUGCAUCCUUCUGAGGCUGCUAAUCAGGUUCUGGCCGAUGCCCUCAUAGUUCAAGGCAUUGACCUCAUCAGUUGAAUGGUGUUCGAGCACGCAACUAUUUUUCUACAAAGAUUGUAUACUACAUAGUACAACUGUCUUCUUGAGCUAGCUUUAAAAUUUACCUCAUUGCUUUUUUCAUAUCAGUGUGUUUGCUCUCAAAAUCUAAGACUUCUCUUGUUACAAGAAAAUCAGUGUGUAAUCAAGUAUAUGAUACUACAUAUCAAAGCCAUCUGUUGUAACUAUUGAGUUUAUGAAACUUAUAUGUUACCAUUUCAAUAUAAAUCUUCGAAUUAUUCAUGAAA